GCUAUCGGGCAGGUUAAUUUUCUUGUCAACACGUGUUAGAAAAAAGUUGUGUAUAAAUACAGUGUGAAAUUUGCAUGAAAACCGUAAGAAAAUGUCUGUUAUACAACGUGUGGUUAAACCCACCACACGUAAAGGUAAGAAAGUUUUGAUGCGAAAAGAGCCUCAGUUGAUAGAAGGACCGAAGAAGGCGUUGUUUUUUCAAGGAAGGAAGACAUCCGAAAAGGUCAGAAGUCUUCUGAAAGAUUUGUACGACAUAAAAAAACCAGAAGCUGCGAGACUAUCUCGUAAAAAUGAUAUUACUAUAUUUGAGAACGCUACGCCUGUCGAAGACUUUUGUAAAAAACUGGAAACGCCUCUGUUUAUGAUGGGGUCACAUAGUAAAAAACGCCCCGACAAUUUAGUUGUAGGUAGAAUGUUUAAUUACUCCUUGUUAGAUAUGGUAGAACUAUAUGUAGAAUCUUAUGAAGGGUUAAAAGAAUUUGCUGCUUCUAAAAUAACCAUAGGUACUAAGCCCUGUCUUAUAUUUAAUGGACCCCAGUGGGAACAGUCAGAAGAAUUAAAGCAACUAAAGUCAAUAUUUAUAGAUUUUUUUCAUAGAGAAUAUGUAGAGAAUGUUAGAUUGCAAGGCAUAGAACAUACCCUUAGCUUUAAUGCUACGCCUGAUGGCAAGAUACUGCUCAGGUCUUAUAAAGUUUUGCUCAAGAAGUCUGGGUGCAGAACCCCUAGAAUAGAACUGGAAGAAAUAGGUCCCAGAGUUGACUUCGUGCUCAGACGCAGCAAACUACCCGAGGAAGAUCUGAUGAAGGAGGCUUGUCGCAAACCUAAGGAACUCAAGGUGACCAAGAAGAAGAACAUAAGCACUGACGAGUUGGGUACGACACACGGCCGUGUGCAUCUCGGCAAGCAAGACAUAAACAAGUUGCAAACCCGUAAGAUGAAGGGACUCAAGAAGACUGCAGCCGAAAGAAAGGCUGAGAAAGCCAAAAUGAAAACGGCGAUAGUCGUUAAUGGUGAUAUAAACGGGAUAGGAAAGAAGAAAGGGUAGAAAGUCAUUGUGGUGCCGUCUUUCACAGGUACAAGCGGGUUAUUUUAAAAAGAUUUGAAAAAAAUGUUGUUUAAGAAAAUUUAAAUUAUAUAUCGUUUUUUUUAAUAGGUAACUAUGAGCAGGAAGCACUACAGAGAAGUCAAUUUUGACUCAUCUAGAUUUUUUUUGUUUCUCAAGGAUGUACAAAAUGCGUACACCUUAUUUUUAAUAUAAUUAAUUUUUCAAAAAAGUUAAAUGGUUAAAAUUGUGCCCCAAAAUUUCGAUUUUUGAA